AUGUCGAGCGACUACAACUUCUGCUUCCCUCUCGACUUAUCACAACUGGAAAAUGAUCGGCUGAAACUCGUGCCUUUCGAUACCAACAUCGACCUCCACGCCAACCUCUACACAAGCCACACCACAUCCACCCCAGCGGCACUCGUUAACUUCGACUACCUCCCCUACGGCCCCUUCAGCACACCCGAAGACUUCCUCAACUGGUACAACCCACACAUCCGAGACCAAAUCAAUGUCGUCUGGUUCGCCAUCUUCGUCAAGCCCAAAGACGGCGCGGUCAAGCAUGGAGAUGAAGUACCAGACGGGUCGAGAUUUGCGGGUGUGAUUUCGUAUCUGAAUGCUGAUGUCGGGAUGGCGAGUGUGGAGUUGGGCCACCUCAACAUCCUCCCACCACACCAACGCACCUUCGUCAACACCCACGCCUGCGGCCUCCUCCUCAACUAUGCGCUCAACCCACCAGCCGGCGUCACCAUCAACGCCCCAUCUCUAUAUACGCCACAAACACCGAGAUUGGUAUCAGGUCCCGGCGGCCUCGGCCUUCGGCGCGCCCAAUGGUUCGCCAACGCCUUGAAUGCCCCAUCCCGUCGCGCUGCCGAGCGCUUGGGGUACCAGUAUGAGGGGACGUUGAGAUGGCAUCGGAUCCUCCCUGCUCACAAGAUCGACAAACUGGGCUCGGAGGACACAGAGAAGAAAAGGCCGUGGAACGACAAUCGAGGCAGCGCACGCGACAGCGUAGUCCUAGGCCUAUGCUGGGACGACUGGCUCCAGAACGGCGGAAGGGAACAUGUCCAGAAACUAAUGGCACGAGUCUAA